CAGCCGCGGCAACGGCGAGGCGCGGGUGUCGCGCAGAUUCCUCUACCCCGAGCGAGCGGGCGGGCGCCGCGAACCGGCAGCCCCGCUGGGGGCGGCGGCCGUGGCGUUCGCGCUCAUACGCCCUGUGCGCCGCGUUCCAUGCCGGUGUGGUGUUGUCGCUGCUCCCUGGCUGGUCAUUUCAGAAGUUAUAGUGACACUGAAACCGAAGGAGAGAUUUUUAAUUCCUUAGUGCAAUAUUUUGGUGAUAAUUUGGGGCGAAAAGUUAAAGCUAUGCCAUUAGUUGAAGAAACUACUCUACUUGAAGAUUCAUCAGUGACUUUGCCUGUGGUAGUAAUAGGAAAUGGACCUUCAGGAAUCUGCCUUUCUUAUAUGUUAUCAGGCUAUAGACCAUAUUUGUCAUCAGAAGCAAUACAUCCAAAUACAAUCUUACAUAGUAAAUUAGAAGAAGCAAGACAUCUUUCCAUUGUUGAUCAGGACUUAGAAUACUUGUCUGAGGGCCUUGAGGGCCGAUCAUCCAAUCCAGUUGCAGUACUUUUCGACACACUUCUUCAUCCAGAUGCUGACUUCGGGUAUGAUUAUCCAUCUGUUUUGCAUUGGAAAUUAGAACAACAUCAUUAUAUCCCUCACUUAGUUCUUGGUAAAGGUCCACCUGGUGGAGCUUGGCAUAAUAUGGAAGGCUCCAUGUUGACAAUCAGCUUUGGAAAUUGGAUGGAGCUACCUGGACUUAAAUUUAAAGAUUGGGUGUCCAGCAAACGAAGAAACCUUAAAGGGGAUCGAGUUAUGCCAGAGGAAAUAGCUCGCUACUAUAAACAUUAUGUAAAAGUCAUGGGUCUUCAGAAGAAUUUCAGAGAGAAUACUUACAUUACGUCUGUAUCAAGACUCUACAGAGAUCAAGAUGAUGAUGAUCGUCCAGACAGAAAUAUUUCAACGCGGCAUUUACAGAUAGAGAAGUCACAAUUUAUCAAGAGAAACUGGGAGAUCAGGGGUUAUCAGCGAGUAGCAGAUGGUUCCCACGUUCCCUUCUGUCUGUUUGCUGAGAAUGUAGCUCUGGCAACUGGAACAUUGGAUUCUCCUGCCCAUCUGGAAAUUGAAGGGGAAGAUUUUCCUUUUGUGUUUCAUUCAAUGCCUGAAUUUGGAGCUGCUAUAAACAAAGGAAAGUUGAGUGGCAAAGUGGAUCCAGUGUUAAUUGUAGGUUCUGGGCUUAGUGCAGCUGAUGCAGUACUGUGCGCUUACAACAAUAAUAUCCCUGUGAUUCAUGUAUUUCGCAGACGAGUAACUGAUCCAAGCUUAAUUUUCAAACAGCUUCCCAAAAAGCUUUAUCCAGAAUACCAUAAAGUCUAUCAUAUGAUGUGUACUCAGUUAUAUUCUGUAGACUCAAAUCUUUUAUCUGAUUAUACGAGUUUUCCUGAACACCAUGUGCUUUCGUUUAAGUCGGACAUGAAAUGUAUUCUUCAAAGCAUCUCUGGAUUGAAGAAUAUAUUUAAGCUCUCUGCAGCAGUAGUAUUGAUAGGUUCUCAUCCCAACCUGUCUUUUCUGAAGGAGCAAGGGUGUUACCUCGGUCAUAACUCAAGCCAGCCAAUCACAUGUAAGGGUAAUCCUGUGGAAAUAGAUGCAUAUACCUACGAGUGUAUUAAAGAAGCUAACCUUUUUGCAUUGGGUCCUUUGGUUGGAGACAAUUUUGUUCGAUUCUUAAAGGGAGGGGCAUUGGGUAUUACACGCUGUUUAGCUACAAGACAGAAGAAAAAGCAUUUAUUUGUUGAAAGAGGAGGAGGAGAUGGGAUAGCUUAAAGCAAGUUUACAAGUAAUUUUAUAUGGACAGUUUACUGUUAAAAGAUUUUUAAUAGUGGUUUUGCAGUGUACUGGCUUGAAUUUCUGGACUUUGAACUAGCUGGAGAACAGCCUCAAGCUAUAGUAACUAUUUUUUAAAGUUACAAGAACUUGGUGUCCUGAUUUAUAUUGUAAUGUAUCAAAACUGCCAGUGUUCAGACAAGUAGAAACACUGCCAAUUUGGUAUACUUUAAGCUCUCACUUAAGUGAAACAUGGUUUUCUUUCAAGACUUACUUUUUGUGAUCAUUUUUGGUUAUGUCUGAUUUUAAAAUAUUACAGCCUUGAAUCUAUAAAACCAUACAGUCAAUAGGCCAGAAAUUGUCCUCAGUAUAUAUUGGGUCACCUUGCUGCUCAAAGGGUAGUGCAAAGAUCAGCAUCUGCUUCAGUUGUAACCUGUUAGAAAUGGUUCUGAGGCCCGACAAUAGACAUAUUGAAUUAGAAACUGCAUCUUAAUAAGAUUCUCAAGGAAUAUGUAUGCUCAUUAAAGUUUGAGAGACACUGGUCUAAAUGACAAUGGGAUACAAGGUUAUGUAUGCUGGGGGUGGGGUGGGGAUAGGAGGCAUUUACAACUCAGGUUUUAUUUAUUUUGAAAUUACCAAUUACGUAAAUUAAUUUAUUACCAAAUAUGAAAAGUAUUUUUAUUGAAACCUUAACAGGUACUUCAUAUUCUUAGCUUCUAAUAAUUUAAACAGUCCAAUAAUGUUGGCAUAUAUUUAAGACAUCCAGGAACCUGGCCAGGACUUUUUUUGAAGGUUUAUUCUCUACUUAACUAGCGUUAACAAUCUAGUUUGCAGUUCAGUGAACUGUGAAAGGAACUACUUAUCCCUGUGUGACCACUGAGUUAAAUUUGUCACUGAAACUAAGAUAUUUGGGCAUAAGGACUUCUAACAUUGUAAUAUUAUUUGGGUAUUGCUUGAACUAUUAAAGGUCAAAAUUGAGAAUAAGGUUAAAAUCUGUCUUCUCCAUUCUCAAGAUGAGUACUUUGAAAUUUAUUCACUGGAGAUGACAGAGCAGCUCAUACUAUGGUUAUUUAUUGAAUUAUAUGCUGUAUCUUAAUUUAUAUUUAAGUGUGCUUAAUGUCUGUUAUUUAUACACAAAUCCCUAGAAUUCUGAGUGUAAGAUAAAAAAGUCUUUCUUCUGAAGUUCUCUAUGGCAAAUUGAAUUUCUCUCUUUUUUUUAAUUUACAUCUGGAAUGUGUUUAUUGAAUGUCUAACUAUUCCGUUUUUUCUUAGUAUUAAAAAAUGGACUACAGUAU